UCUGGCGAGUUGUGGAACGAGAAGCUUUCGGCAAAACCGCGUAGGGUCGAAGAGCUGCCCAGGGGAAGCUGCGGCUCUGGCUUAGGCAUCGUGGAGAGUGGAUUUGCCUGCGAACUACAGAUUGCAGGAGCGCCUAACCUCAUACCGCAACGGGUAUCUCGGCUGCGGGGUGUGGUGAAUGUUACGUCAUCGAUUUUGCGCCACUGCUUGGUAUCCAACCAGUCUGGACACAGCUGAUCCCGGAAUCUAAGAGCCUUCACGUUUCAAUACAAUCAGUAUCGCAUCGAGAAUGGAUGUGAAACGUCCGUACGAUGAUGGAACGAAAAGGCCUUACCAAGAUGAGGUGGUACCGACCACGCACGCGACUACUUCGAAGCGAACGCUGCUCCACAACGCCUAUGCAUAUCUCUGCAUUAUACUCUUAUUCGUCAACUACUUCCUCGCGCAGUACGACAAAUUCAUUCUGUCAUACUUCCAGACUUCUGUGUUAGCAGAUCUUUCACUAAGCUCGACACAAUAUGGCCUUCUCUCUGGUUACGCAACGGGCAUUGUUUACGCCAUACUCGCUCUACCCAUCGCUUUCCUCUCGGAUUAUACUUCGGCUCGCGUAUGGGUUCUGUGUGUCACGGCAGCUUGGUGGAGCUUAUGCGUCAUCUUUCAGUCUCUAGCAAACAACUUCGGCCAGUUAUUCUGUGCCAGACUUGGAAUGGGUAUCGGACAGGCUAGUGUCGAGGCGCUAUCUAUCAGUCUCAUUAGUGAUUUGGUUGGAUGGAGGAAUGUGUUCAUCGGAGAGAGUGUACUCUAUGUUGGAGUAUACAUCGGCGAAGCCAUCAGUGGCCAGAUUGCUACUGCGUUUACGGAAACCGGCACAAGCUGGCGCAUCGCUCUAAGAGCCAUCGGUAUCACGGGAUGUGUUGUAGCGGUGCUAUUAAGACUCGUCCUGCGGGAACCAAAGAGAAGAGAAAGUCUGGUCCAAAUGAGCGCACGCCAUCACAACAACAGCGUAGACGAAGAUUUCGCCGACAUACCACCGCAUAUCCAAGGCACAUCGAGGUUGAAAGCAGCAAGAUCUGAUCUGCAUGCUGCUUUCACUUACAUCCUCCGCAUGAACUCCUUCUGGCUCCUCGUUCUCUCCGCCGGCUUUCGUCAAUUGAGUGGCAACGUCUUUGGAUAUUAUAUGCCCAGCUAUCUCGGAGAUACGUAUCCCUCGCAUACCGAAAUAUUCUCUCGUUACGGCAUCAUUGUCGGUGUCGUCGGGUCAGUCGCGGUACUCAGUGGCGGCAUCUUGACCUCGGUACUGUGGCCACGGACGAAACUAACACCUGUCUAUCUGACCGGCAUCGGAGGCAUGGUCAGCUCUCUUUUCGUUCUUCUCAUGGUCUUCUCUCGCGACAUUGCCAAUGGCUCAGAAGACCGAGGCAUCAAGAUUCUCUACGGCGUUAUGAGUCUCGCUUAUCUCACUGCGGAACUCUGGCUGGGCUGUCUCUUCGCGCUCAUUGCGCUGCUUCUUCCACCGCGCUAUAAGACAUUUGGUCUUGCUAUCUGGGGUAGUGUGCAAGUUCUCAUUUACUCUUCAGGCCCUCAGAUCAUCGGCCUAUCGUUGAUGGACGAAGAGACAACGAGUGAAAGCUACAGGAGGGUGACACAACUGUGCUUGGCAAUCAUCAUCCCUAUUGGCUAUUGGCUGGCUGGUAUUGGGUUUCUUCUCUCAAUACCUUUGGUGAGGAAAGACUUAAGGGAGGAGUUUGUAAUGGGAAGGUUGAGUGGUAGAAGGAAGGUUGGGUUCAGUAUCUUCGCAGGGGUGCUGGCAUCUGUCGUCAUCACCUUGUUCGUCGUAAGCUUAGUGUAUCAAGCGUAA